AUGACGCACGGCAAAAUGGUGUUCUCAAAGCAACCCUCUGCGGACACUGGAAAGUCCGCGAAACCUGAUUCCGGAAUGGACGAAGUGCGGCUAGAAUCUGCACUUGGGCACAAACAAGUGCUGUCGCGGAACUUUGGACUGUGGAGUUUGACCAGUUUGGGGAUUGUCAUUGCAAAUUCUUGGGCUUCAACAGGGGGUACAAUCGUCGCUGCGCUGCAGAAUGGCGGCCCGAUGGCUGUUCUGUACGGAUUGAUUCUAGUCAGCGUCUUUUACACGGCCAUCUCAGCUUCGCUGGCCGAACUUGCCUCUUCCAUGCCUUCUGCCGGUGGAGUAUACUACUGGUCAUCGGUCUUGAGCCGGAAUCGAGGCCGUGCAGUGGGAUUCUUUACUGGGUAUCUAAAUGCUUGCGCGUGGCUGUUGUCGGCGUCGUCAAUGAGCUCCAUGCUGGGAAAUGAGGCCGUGGCCAUGUAUCUGCUCAAUUACCCUACUGUCAAGUGGCAAUCCUGGCAAGUAUUCAUUGUAUUCCAGAUUGUCAAUUGGACGUGUUGUGCGAUUGUGUGUUUGGGAAAUCGAUAUAUUCCCCUCAUCAACCGUGUUGCCCUUACUCUGUCGAUGUGUGGCCUCGUCACAACUGUGGUGGUUCUCACAGUGAUGCCGAAAAAGCAUGCCAGCAACGCCCAGGUGUGGACUGAGUACCACAACAACACGGGCGGAUGGUCAGACGGAGUUUGUUUCAUGACUGGUCUGUUGAAUGCCGCAUUUGCAGUUGGAGUCCCGGACUGUAUUAGCCAUUUAUCAGAAGAGGUCCCCAAACCCGAGAUCAAGGUCCCGCAAGGCAUAAUGUUGCAGAUGCUCACAGCCUUCGUCACAUCCUUUGUGUAUCUGAUCGCUCUCUUUUACUCCAUCCAGGAUCUAGACGCUGUCUUUGCAAAUAACAUCGGCUUUUUCCCAACCGCCGAGAUCUACCGACAAGCGACAGGGUCUAACGCAGGCGCUAUUGGUCUGAUUGCAGUACUGUUUCUUGCAACUUUCCCAACUCUAAUCGGGACAUUCACAACAGGCGGACGAAUGUGGUGGAGUUUAGCACGCGACAACGCAACACCCUUUGCGAACUAUUUCGCCCAAGUCCAUCCGACACUGCACUCCCCCGUGCGUGCCACAGUUGCCAUGAGCGCGCUCGUCACUUGUCUGGGGUGUAUAUAUAUCGGCAGCACGACGGCAUUCCAAGCGCUGAUCUCGUCGUUUAUUGUACUGAGCUCGCUGUCCUACUUCGGAGCCAUCUUUCCGCAUGUUUUGUCUGGUCGUGGGAACAUGGUCCCCGGGCCGUUUUAUAUGGGACAGAAACUUGGGAUGGCGGUUAAUAUUGUUUCUUUGAUUGUGAUCGUUGUCGGCUUGAUGGUCCUCACUGCCUUUUGGUGGGUGUUCCGUGCCAAGCGCCAAUACCAUGGCCCGCAGUAUAGCUUCGAGGCUGCUGAGCAGUUGGCUGCUUGCCAAGAGGGCAAGGAGGGUCGUCGAUCUUUUAUCGACGCCGUGGGUGUUUCGCCUGAUGGUAUUGAGGAUGGGAAUGAUUCACGAUGA